AAAAACUAGACAAAUUAAAGAAUUUUAUCGUUUAUUUAUCUUGUAGUAAUAUUUUUUAUAUUCAGGUACUUGCAAAUGUGGCAGUAAUUUACGACAUAGAAGAGGACUGCACUGCAGAAAUUGUACUUUUAAAAUGUAAAAUACAUAAAGGCACCGGAAAAUGUGGUAAGCGACAACUCAGAAAACCACUGAGAGAAAUAGUUGGACAACAAUUGCGUACUAAACCUGUUGAGGUAUAUCGUACUGAAAAAGCUAAUCAGCUAAUGACACCUGGAGAUCCGGAGCCUCCGCACUUGUAUUCAGCAUCAGUAUUGCAUGUAGCAAAAAAUAAAUACACAAAAUCACAAUUUUUUAACGCCGAUCCUGUAAAAGCUUUAUGCGUUAUAAAAUAUAGCGCUUAUACCAACUGUAUUCAUAACAUUGGAAUAGAUCCGUUUUUCGUCCAUUAUUGGACGAAUCAUCAAUUACAAGUAUACCGAAAAUAUUAUUCUUCAAAUAUAAGUACAAUAUAUAUUGAUGCCACAGGAAGCAUUGUAAAAAAGUUAUUAAGAAUAGAUCAAACAUUAUCAAAACAUAUAUUCCUAUAUCAAGCAGUUAUUAAUUAUAACGGAAAUCAAUUUUCGGCAACACAAAUGUUGUCUGAAAGGCAUACAACCAAUAACAUACACUUCUGAUUGUUAGAAUGGUGCAGAAUGGGCGCUCCAUAUCCGCGCGAGGUUGUAAUAGAUUCGUCUAAAGCAUUAUUGAAUGCUAUACGGUGCUUUACAACGCAUGCAACAGUAACAGAUUAUGUUAAUGCCUGUAAAAAGAAAGCCAUACCGAAAUGUUACAUACGUAUAGACGUUGCGCAUUUUAUUAAAACGUACGCAAAUGUUCUAAAAAAUCUUCCAAAAUGAAUAAAAGUUUUUUAUAUGGUUGUUAUUAGACAGUUAAUUAUGUGCCGAAACAUAGACGAUGCUGCUGUUAUAUUGAAAGUCAUUUUAACGAUUGCCCGGUCAGAAACAGAAGGAAAUGUAUUAAGUGGCGAAGAAACCAGCUGCGAGAAAGAAAAAAAGAGAUUAAAAUCAAUGAUAACUGUGUGGCGAGUCAAGGCUAAACGCCCCUGACAGUACGCCACCACAAUAUGUUAUUAGCGAAAUAGGACCACGCGCCCUUUGACAGUAGGCUGCCACAGAGGCACAGUAAGAAAUUCGAGAUCCUACUUUCCAAAAACGCGUUACGCGCGUUCACCACUAGAGGCCCUCCUUACUCAGAAGUAAAGUUACCAGCCUUUAUAAGGAGCAGCGGUGAACCGAAGAGUCACUUUUUGCGCUCUGAAGCAGACAGUCGUUUUUAAGAGCGAAAAGCACUACGCUUUACUGCCAGUUCAGAUACCACGGCGACCACUCUGGAGGAAGCCAAGACGCUGCAGUGGAAACUCUGGGCGCUCACAUUGUCACCGGUCCGGAACACGCGGCCACCUCGUGUAUUGCUGGCCGAAGGAGAUCAGAGGAUCUGGAGGUACACCUCCCCACGAUACCAGCUGUCGGACCUGCUGGAGAACCUCGCCAGGGACAGCUGCAGUAUCGUCACGCAGACGGACACCACAGACUGCUGCCGGAGAGAUCGGGCAACACAGACGGCCCUUGGAGCCACCACCACGUGCGGAACGCAGACCAACCGCAGUAGUCGGGCCGACAAACCGAAACGGAAGAAGGCCAAACAACGGAGACCAUCCAAGGAGAGACUAUCCCGGACAAAAAGACGUGUCGAGAUUGGAGAGGAGACUGCAGCUACGCCGUCCAAGAACGAUACCGACUGCAACAACGAGAAGCCAGCGUACCGAGUUACGAUAACCAAACCACCAAUACGGUGGAGGCUUAAGGCCUAAAGCCUUUUUCACAAACGGCCCUUGUCAGGGCCACCUGAAUAUAUGAAAACAUAAUAUAUUGUAUAUAUGUACAUAGUGUAUAUUAAAAGAUAAAACGUAAAUUUUGUUUUCAACUACGGCUUAGUUCACUGGCGAAAGACCUAUCCCAGCGACAAGAGAACCAACACACCGGAACGAGCGAAGUUCCGCCACAUCUAGUAUUGUAGAUAUGCUAUUAUUUUUAAAAUUAGUCAGUUUUUCACUAAAUAAUAUUUAUUUGUAUGUUAUUAUUACAAUUGUUUGUUGGCUAAUGUCGCAGGUAUAGUAGAUUAUGAAAACACGGAAGAUUUUGAAGAAAAAAAUCCAACUAUUAAUGACGACGAAAUAGUCGAAAAAUUAGAUAACGAAUAGUCGGCAUGGGCUGUUGGAUUAAAUAAUGAAAUAAACAAUAAUUUACACGAAGUUGGCGAUCGUGACAAUGCUCAUUAUUAUCCACUUUUAGCGGAACGUUUGUUAAAAGACAUGAAUAUGUUUCCGUUAUGGUCAAGCGUUUGUCGCGAUGAUUUUGGUUAUGGACGAGUACCAGCGUCCAGCGCAGCUGUAGAAGGAGAAUUUAAUAAAUUAAAAAAUAAUAUAUUAAAAACCUAUAAUCUUCCUAUAAGAGUGGAUGAAUUUAUAAAAAUUCAUUUAGAUUUCUUACACGGCAAAUUAAAAAUCGUUGACGCAAAAGAAGAAAGUGUAUUUUUAAAUGACGAUACAAGUAUAGACGAAUGCAACAAAAAUGAAGACAUGCAAAAUGUUAACGCCUCGCGGCAAACGCAUUUAAAACUGUGUCCAGCUUGUGAAGAUAAUGACAUUUCAUCUGGUGCUCAUGUUUGUGUCAUUUGUAAAAAGGCAGUCCAUGCACUGCAAGAAUGUUCAGUUGCUUACGAAGAAGAAGAUGGACAGAAGCGUUAUCUUGCUCUGCAUUUGAAAAUUGUAAAGAAAUUCUUGUUACACAAGAAACGGAAAAUUGGCGAGGGUUAAAUUCUGCUAAAGAUAAAAAACGUACAGCAAAGUAUUUGGGAAAUAAUCAGCACGAUAUACAAGAUUCUUUAGCAUGGAGCAAAAGUACAAAGCUUCCAAUUAUAAAAAAUGGUAGUGCCAUAGAGCUACAAUCAAUUAAUAUAGAUGGCACAAAUUAUUCUAUAACGAAUACGUGCGCAUUAGACAGCCUUUUACAAAUUGUGCUUGUAGCUUUGGCAGACAAUAAACACUUUGAAAACAAGGUAUACUAUUUUUUAAGUAAUUAAAACAGUGUACUUGUCUAAAUCUAGACAAAAAACAUUAAAUUUUGAGAUGCAUAAAUUUAUAUUUUAACUUUCUAUAAUAAAAUGUCUACUAUAAAUGU